GCUGUUUGUCUAAUUGACUGUCACUUCGAAAAUAACCUUUUAUCUCGGUGUCUUCGCCUUAUCUUUUCACAAAAAUAUAAUAAAAUUGAGCUCAAAUCUUACUUUUAUUUUCAUGGUGGGCACGUCAGGGCUGACUUAAUAUAUCCAGGGACUAUUUUACAAUUAGUUUACAAUGGAACUGAGUUUACGUACCGUCAGGACUUUUAACCGGCUUUUACGAAAACCCUUAGGAAUCUUAGCUCAUAGGAGUGUAACGGGCACAGCAGUAAAGGAAGAAGUUAAUACAGAGUUACUGAAUGUAUUUAACCGCGACAUAAAGAACGGAGGUGCAGUGCCAGUAUUUCGCAGAGCCUUAUUGUUCCCGACGCGGGUGGCCUUACAAGAUGAGCUUGGUAUAUACACGUACGCCGGCCUCUACCAAGCAGCCUCCGUGCUGUCACAGGAGAUCGCCGCGCAGCUGGUUGGCGAGACGGAGAGGACGAUUGCAUACAUGUGCAACAAUGAUGCGUCUCACGUCAUCGCGCAGUGGGCUAUUUGGAUGACUGGCAAUAUUGCGGUGCCCCUAACACCAUUACACCCACCAGAAAUGUUAAAAUACUACCUAACAGACAGUUUCUCAAGCCUAGUACUAUGUACACAAGAAUUUGAGAAGGUUCUUCGACCAAUUACUCUAGAAAUGAACAAACCUCUUCUAGUAACGGGCAGGGAUAAUGUUUUGACUGCACAACUGUACCAGCCCAACACAUCAUUCUUGAAACCUAAAGCCGAAAGCAAUUUGACUGAUGUAGGAAGAAGUAACGAGUGGUAUGGGAACAAUGAGGCUCUUAUUAUUUAUACUAGUGGAACAACGAGUAAGCCGAAAGGAGUAGUGUGGACCCACAGCAUGCUUCAGACCCAGAUAUCAGCGCUGCACUCCGCGUGGCAGUACUCAGCCAACGAUGUGGUGCUACACACGCUGCCCCUACACCACAUACAUGGACAGCUCAACUCUAUGCUCGCGUCCUUGGCUGCCGGUGCCAGGCUCAGAAUGCUACCGUCUUUCGUGUCUCACAACGUUUGGUCUCGUCUACUCGGCAUGGGGGAGCGCGAUGAGACUAAGGUGACGGUCUUCCACGGCGUCCCUGCAAUGUACGCGAGGCUGGUGGCCGACUAUGAUAGAAUGUUCUCUGACUCGAAGACCGCGGAGUAUGUUCGCACUACGCUGGGCAGUAGAAUGAGACUGAUGUGCGCUGGGUCUGCCCCGUUACCAGCUCAAUUGUUCUUGAAAUGGGAGGAGAUAUCCGGCAUGCGCCUUCUUGAAAGAUUCGGUAUGUCAGAAGUGGGGAUGGCUUUAAGUAACCCCUACCGGCCGGUGGAGGCUCGCAGUGUCGGGUGCGUGGGGCUCCCCCUACCGGGAGUCUCCGCAAGAAUAGUCUCACAACGAGAGGACACCGGGGAACUUGAGCCUUUGGUAACUGUUGAGACUCCGAUGCCAGAGACACAGAUAUGUCUGGAGCGUCUCGGGUUGUCAGCAAAGGAUUUGUUCGUGGACUCGGAUAAGUACGAGUGGAAAGCCCCGACGGUCACCACGCAUAAGGAACAUACCGACAACGCGUACCACGGAGAACUGCUCAUUAAGGGACCCGCUGUAUUUACUAGAUACUGGAAUCGGGCUCCAACACUGAACUCAUCAGAUUUCACAGAAGACGGCUGGUUCCGCACCGGAGACACAGCUUCCUUCGAAGACGGUAAGUUCAGGAUAUUGGGACGCACAUCAGUAGACAUUAUCAAAACAGGAGGAUACAAAGUCAGUGCCUUGCAAGUAGAGAGUGCCAUCUUAGACCACCCUAGCAUAGCCGACGCAGCCGUGCUUGGAAUCGAAGAUGAAAACUACGGAGAAAUCGUUUCAGCAGUUGUAGUACUUAAAGAAAAUGCUAAGUUAACUCUUCAAGAGUUGAAAGAAGCUGCUGGGAAGAAACUAGCUCCCUAUCAGCUACCUAAAACUCUGCUUGUUACGAAUGAAAUGCCGAGGAACGCGAUGGGUAAGUUGGAUAAGAAGGUUAUUAGGCAAACGUUUGGUAAGCAACUCGUUAUGCCGAAGAAGUAAAGUUUUUGUGUUCAGUACCUUUAGUAUGAGUUUUAAAGUUUUGCUUUACGUUUUACGUAAUCAAAACGGGUUCGGCACUCUGAUUGGUUGGUUUAUUCGAGCCGGCCAAUCAGAGCGCCGAACGCGCUCUCGUUUGGAUUAUGUUAAACGUAAAGCAAACUUGUACUAAGGGUACUGUCAGUUUUGUCCAAUGAACAUGUCUUUUAUUGAACCUUGGGUCGUAGAUUGCGGUGAGCAAUAGAAACGUCAGUGUAUGGGAUUUACAAUGACAUUAGACAAAUGGGGGCUAUACUGUGUUUUUGCUCACCAGAUGGCGUUAGUGUGAACCUCUAGUUUUUCGUCCAAUAGGCAAAUAGCUAGUGUCACACCAUUGGACGUUCAAUAUUUUGACAGCUGCAGUGAUUGGACAAAAACAUUCUUGCUACUAUUGCGACAUCUGGUGACCAAUAAAACGGUGGCCCCUUCUAUGUUAAGCCCAUACAUUAACUUUUCUUUGGUCGAGUAGAGUUUAGUAUCUAACAGGAUCAAGUCGUUAUUGUUGUUUUAAGUAACCCUUAAAACUGUUUUAAGUUUCUGAUAUGUUAUGUAGAAGAC